AUGUCUCUGCCGCGCGAGUUCAUAUUCAAAAAGGAGUUGGCGAGGCUCGAAGGUCAGGUGCUCGGCUCAUCAGCGCCCCCUACCUCGCCCGCUCCCCUCUCCUGCUCCAUCGACCUGCCGGCAUCGGACGCGAUCGCCGAGGCGGCCCUCUCGCCGGAUAAUGCCGGCUCACUGCUGUCGGUGCAGUCAGCGCCGCCGGAGCAGAGGAUCCUCUCGACAGAGCAGAGGGAGCGACCGGCGAGUCUCCUCCUCGAGCUGCCAUUAGCCACGCAAGUCGGCGCCUACUUGUCGGCUAUGUCACCGACGGAGCAAGAGGAGGACUCCUUGCUGACGCUCUCUUCCGUCACGGCGCGACCUCUUCUGGCCGCGUCUAGGAAGCUCCGCCCUCGACCGGACUCAGCCGACUCGUGCCCGCCGGACGGCGGAUACGGCUGGGUGGUGGUCUUCGGCGCGUUCAUGGUGCAGUUCUGGGUGGCGGGGCUGUUCAAGUCCUACGGCGUUCUCUACGUGGAGAUAAUGGAGACCUUCCCGGACUCCUCGGAGUCCGUCGCCUCGUGGAUACCCGCCGCGCUGUCGACACUCUGCCUGGCUCUCGCUCCACUCUCUUCCGCGCUCUGCGAGAAGUACUCCUGCCGGCUGGUGGUGUUCAUCGGGGGCCUGUUCUGCGCCACGGGUCUCGCUCUCUCCUUCUUCAGCACCGGUCUCCUCCAUCUGCUGCUCAGCUUCGGUGUCAUGACCGGUAUCGGUGGCGGUUUGUCCACGACUCCGGGCAUCGUCAUCGUAUCACAGUACUUCGACAAACACAGGGCUCUGGCGAACGGAAUAUGCGUCAGUGGAACGGCAGCGGGGAGUUUCGUAUUCCCAAUGCUGAUAGAGAAGCUGGUGGACAGCUAUGGGCUGCACGGGACCGUGCUGUUGUUGGGGGGCGGGAUGCUCCACGUGUGCGUGUCGGCCACCCUCUACCGGCCGCCGCCCACCCCCAGACCAGCGACGCCCGUCACCACCACCACCACCGAGAACACGACUCUUCUACACGACAUUCAAGAAGGCAAAGCGGACGCGAACAAGGACAACAAACUGCAGAGCCUGUUCCAGAUGGACACCGAGCUGACCCUCAACCAGAGGAACGCGCUCCUCAGCGAGGACGCGAAACGCACCAACCUCCUAGCGGAGAUCAUCCACCCCAGCCUCAUCGAGGUGACCCGCCCCCCACUGCAGUCGCAGAUGUCCGACUCCGAGGACUCUGAGGGUCUGGACGUUUUGGGCGUGGUCGGUGAGUACGCUUCCCCGUUGUCCGUUUCCCACCGUUAUCCAAAACAGCUCGUUCACGAACACACGAGUGCUGAUUCGGCCGGCUGUGCAAGGAACGAGGGCGACUCGUCAACGACGGUUGAAGGGCUGCCGAGGGAGGUGGUGCGCUUGCGGCUGCGCCCCACCAGGUCCUCGUCGAUCCUGCACUCGGUCGAGGACCUGUCCACGGACAGCACCUGCGUGUACAAGGCCAGCAGGCGCAAGCUGAGCCGCUCUUUGUACAUCCGACCGCCGCUCCCGAACCCCCUCAUCCAGAACAAGUUGGUUGAGCCGGUGACGGACAUGAAGAAGGUGGAAGAGCAGAAAGAAGAGACAGUCGAAGUGGUGGAGAAGAAGGAUGGGUGCAUCGACAAGAUCUCGAGAUACUUGGACGUGUCAUUGCUGAAGUCCUGGCGCUUCGGUCUGCUGUGCGCCUCCGUGGCCCUCAUGUCCUGCGGAUCGCCGUACGCCCUCUACUACCUUCCAGCGUAUACAGUGGCAGCGGGUCACAGCAAGUCCGCCGCCGGGCACCUGGUGGCGAUAAGCGCCGUGCUGGACCUCUGCGGGCGGCUGGGCCUCGGGUGGCUGUGCGAUCUGCACCUGUUCUGCAGACGGAAGGCGUACAUCGUGAGCAUACUGGUGGCCGGCGCGGCAGUGCUGACCCUACCCAGCCUGUCGUCUUGGUGGGCGUUGGCAAUUGCCUCAGGGGCUUACGGCCUUUGUCUGGGCUGCUGGUUCCUCCUGGUGCCUGUACUGCUCGCCGACGCCUUCGGGACCGCCCGCAUCGCCUCCUCCUACGGCCUCGUGAGGAUGUUCCAGAGUCUGGCGGCGGUGUCCGUACCGCCCACGGCCGGCAUGAUACGUGACGUCACCGGCGGCUACUCCUGGUGCUUCUACGGCAUGGGCUCCUGCAUGGUGCUGGGCUCGAUCCCGGUGAUCGCCUUCCACGUCACCACCAAGAACGAGGACAACGACUCCUCGGUGGAU